AUGAAUCGCAAAAACAAUGCAACACAAAAUGGGACAAUCGAUUGUAUUGGUUCUUCUGUGCCUGCCAUGUCAAGUCCCCGAAAUGAACUUAUAAAAAUGGUUAAACUGUUGGCAGAGAGCAAAAAAGUUAUAAAUGAUCUAAUUAAAGAAAGAGUUCAACUUACCAAUGAACUGAAAGAACUGAAAUUGAAUCUUGAUAGAACCAAAAAAUAUAUGACGACUAAGGAAAGAAAGUUGUUUGAAGAAAGAAAAAGCAGAGAGUCUCGACUUUUAGAAGAAUUAAAACUUAAAGAAACUAAACUUGCCCGGGAAAUAAAAUGGCGUGAACGUUUGAUGGCUGAACAAAUUAAAAAAACCAAAAAAGAGUCCAAAUGUACAGAAACAGAUGAACAUUUACUGAGAAAGUCCUUAACGAAAAAAACAGAAGGGUAUUUGUCGGAAAAUUUAGAAAAAUCUACUCAAUAUACAGAAAUUACUGGAGAUGUCCCAAGUUAUUUAGAUAACAAUUCAGCCUGUGAUGUCGAAAUUGGACCCAGUAUAAACGAGGUGUCGACAUCCUGCAAUUUGUCGGACUUGAAAUUGACUCGGCACGCUUCUAAUUUUAAUAUUGCCGUACAAGUAGAUUCUCAAACAUCAUUGCCCGUCGUAAGAAAUUGUAUAUCAGAUUAUUCAAACAUUUUACAUAAAUCACGAUGUGGUAAAGAUAAAGAAUUGAUAACCGCUGACAAUUCUUUAAACAACAAAACAAACGUGAAAAUAAAACACAGAAGAAGCUACUCGUCUAGACUUCAGAGACCAUUUAAAAAUCAAGAAAUAGCGAAGAAUUUAAACAAAUUGAUUUGUUCGAUGAAAAAAAUUAAAAGAAAAAAAAUGAAGAAAAAAACAGCUGAUGAAAGUAACAAAGCAGAUUUGAGAAUACAGUUACUUGAAACUCACAUGAAGGAGUUAGAAAUUUUAAAGCUCAAACAGCAUCAGCAAAAUGAAGAAUUCAAACAACAGCAUUAUCUUUUUCAUAAAUUAAUAAAAAAUGUGCACGACGAUGAGCUGCAGUGGAAGUGUUUAGAAGAAAAAGUGAACAAAUUAAAUGCAACCAAAUUAUCUUCGGAACAAAAUAUUCCAAUCAAUGAUAAGUUGAAUCAAAAAUCUGAUUUGAACGGUUUUCCAGAUAUGGACUUUGUUGACGUUCCUUUAAAUAGAAACAUCGACUUAAGCAAUUCCGAAGAUCAGAAAAAUUAUGCAAGUUGGGAAGAAAACCCCAGACCUCAUUUAAUAAACGACUAUGAAGAAUUUGACAGACUAAAAGAACUUCACAUUAAGGAGUUGAAAAAAAUCAGACUGAUGUCAAACGGAGCGUUCCAAUCACGAGAUUUGCGAGUGAGAUUUGAGAAUGAGGGCAGUGAUGAUAACAACAUAGUGAACAAUAUUACAGACGGAGACGUUAAUGUAAAUAAUUCACAUAACGCACCACUUGAUGAUGAUGAAGAUGAUGACGUUGAAUUAAAUUCCGUAGCGAUUCAUGACGAGGGAGGUAAUGAGAUAAAUCAACUAGGUAAAGAAGUACUUCGUUCUGAUGAAAAUUUUCUUAAUAAAAAGAUUCUGCAACGUUAUUUAAAAAAAAUUCAUGAAGAAAAUUUUCUAAGGUUGAAAAAAAGACGCAAGAACCAACUUGUGGGUAGAAAAAAUAAUGAAUUAAUAGCGAAAAUUAAUAAACUACUUCAACUUGAUAGUUCGAAAAAUGCUAAUUGUUACAAAAAUAAUAACGACUUUAACAAUAAUAUAAACUUAACGGAAAAUGUUACAUCGAGUUAUAAUUGUAACAAUGAAUCAAAUCAGUUGCAGCAAAAUGAAAAAUUAUGUAUGGAAAAUAGAAAACCAUUUAACAAAGCUUGCGCGGUAGAUGCUUGUAUGUCGGAUAUUACGAUAAAUAAGGUUCCCACAGCUAAAGAGUUUUUAUUUGAAGGUUCAAAAAACAAAGAGAUCGACGUGGAAAAAAAUAACAGCAGUAAAUUAAACCAUUUAACUGAUGGGAAAAUAUUUUCAAAUAGUUUCGGUCAUGGGGAAAGUGGCAAUCUCAUUCAAUACGUUCCCCUUCACAAAUGGAAGAACAUCGGUAGUUGUAAGAAGCGCAGUAAUGUUCGUGUCUUCUCUACGAAAAGUUAUAAAAAUAAAAAAAUUGUUUCAAACACUGAUGAUUCACGCGAAAUGUUAAAAACUGAGCAAAUAAAAAGCGGAAGACACAACCGCAAUAAUAGUUCUUUAACGUCUAUAUCAGCGGCAAGCCUUUCUAUCGAGACCGCUGCGUUAACUGGCGAUUCGAGUUCGUUAAAAGAAAGUGAGUUGCUACAAAAGGAAGCUAUCGAGAAUUUGCUCAUCGAGAAUGUUGGUCGAGUUUUAAAAUUUCUGUCUGUAAUUCAUUGUAUAGCGUAA